UCUCCAGACGCGCACUGAAUUGAAACGCAUGGAAAUAUAAGCCUUUUACUCAACGAAUUUUCUUAAGGAUUAUCUUUAUCGUUAAACAGAUAUAUGAGUACAGACCACGGUCCAUAUUUUUCUUUUGUUGAUACGACUGUGAUUCGGAACACAGUCCAAUCAAAAAUCUCUCAUAACACUAGUGCGCAAAAAGAAAAAAAGAUUGAAAUGAGAACCGCAGAGGAUUCUUCUGGCACGGUGCUGCAUCGACUGAUUCAAGAGCAGCUCCGUUAUGGGAACCCCACCGAUCCAACUCUGUUAGCCAUCCAGCAGCAGGCUCUGCGAGGAGGUAGCAGCGGUGGGGGUGCAGGAAGCUCUCGUUCAUCCCUAGAGAGCCUAACACAAGAGGAAUACCUCUCCCCCCAGUUGUCCACCAGGCAGGAGCCUCAGGGCCAAGAGCACCAGGGGGACUAUCAGCAUUUAGAGAGUCCCGUCUGCCACCUUUAUCAGCUCCACACAGAGGAGCUGCCCACGUACGAAGAGGCAAAAGCACACUCGCAGUACCUAGCCUACCAGAGGGGGCAGGUUGGACAUCUCGAGACCCUUGGAGUGGUUGCUGUGUCUCAGGAGGACAAAAGCAUGUGGGAUAUGAAACGGGAGCAUGCUCGCUCACUCAGCGAACGCCUCAUGCAGCUCUCUCUGGAGAGGAAUUGUGCCCAUGACAAUGUUCCCAUGAGCUCAUCACAUAGCUACCCUCAGCUCUUCAAUAAUCACCCUGGGCCUGUUGUGAAUGAGAGGUCAAUUCAUGAGUCAGACCAGCGUGGUCCACCCCCGGAGUAUCCCUUCAUGGUCAGAUCCCCUGGAUAUAUGCUUAGCCAUUCACAGGAACAUGGGCACUAUUACAAAGAGCCCCCUCCUGCUUUUCACUCACAACAUCACAGGUUAUUUCCAACCCAGUCACAUGCCCUCCACCAUAGCGGCCUGCCCACGGUGACCCCUGCUGGCCAGGAUGUCAUCGUUGGAGGAUACAGCAUCCCCACAAACAAUUGUCAACUGGAGCAGCUGAUUAAAGAGAACAAGAGGCUGAGAGGAGAAGUGGAGAGCUACAGUGAGAAGGCAGCAAGGCUACAGAAGCUGGAGCAGGAGAUUCAGAGGAUAUCUGAGGCCUACGAGACCCUAAUGAAGGGAUCUGCAAAGAGAGAAGCCCUCGAGAAAACCAUGAGGAACAAGCUUGAUUGUGAAAUCAAGCGACUCCAUGACUUCAACAGAGAUCUCAGGGAUCGCUUGGAAACAGCCAACAAACAGAGAGCAGCCAUGGAAGUGGAAGACAAGAGUCAGCAUGCCUUCGCCAAACUGGUUGAGCAAAAUGUGGAUCACCGACGAGAGCGAGAGCAUCUUGAAAAAGAGCUGCUGCAUCUGCGGGGCUCAGGAGAGGAGUGGAGAAGGCGGCGAGAAGCCCUGGAGCAGGCGUUGGUAUCUGCUCAAACACGGAAUCGACAGCUGGAAGAGGAGCUACGCAGGAAGAGAGCUUACGUCGAAAAAGUGGAAAGGAUGCAGAGUGCAUUGGCCCAGUUGCAGGCAGCAUGUGAAAAGAGGGAAUCACUGGAGCUACGACUACGGACCAGACUGGAGCAGGAGUUGAAGAGUCUGAGAGCUCAACAGUGGCAAUCUCAAGCCCAGCAGAUGAGCCCUGUAUCCUUCUCAGACUUGAAUGUGUCAUCUCUACAACAGCAGUUGAGGGAAAGAGAGGAGCAAGUUCUAGCCCUGGAGGCUGAUAUCACCCGUUGGGAGCAAAAGUAUCUUGAGGAGAGUACAAUGCGUCAGUUCGCCAUGGAUGCUGCCGCUACUGCAGCAGCCAGGAGGGAUACAACCAUCAUCAACCACUCACCUCGACAUUCACCCAAUAACAGCUUCAAUGAGGACCUGCGUUCCCCCAACCAUAGGCAUCAGGAGAUGGAAAUCAGGAUUCGUGCUCUUUAUGCUCAACUUUUGGAGAAAGAUGCCAUUAUAAAGGUCCUGCAGCAUCGUUCACGACGAGAGCAAGGUCGGCCUGAGCAGCAAGGCAUUCGUCCCGCUCGAUCUGUACCCUCCAUCAACACAGUCGCCACAGCUUCCACAACCCGAACAAAAGGGAAGAGCCUCUCAGAUGACCAGACAGCAGUCGAGUUAUUGUCCCCAUUGCCCCAUUUACUUGCCAAAACUCAGUGUCGAGACAGCAGCACCCAAUGCGAGGAGUCUGUAGAGGAGACCGACCCUAUCUCGGAACCUGCUGCCACAUUAUCUGAUCCUGAACCCUCCAUUUCCUCCAGCUCUGAUUACAACUCUCUGGUCUCUCUCAACACAACCCAGAUCAACAGCAGUGUUGAAAAUGACAUGGUGGAAAUUCUCAUCUAAAAGAUUUUUGAGAACUGAGACAAACACUUCUCAGCUUGAUGCUGCUCUUACACAAAGAGGAUUCUCUCUCGGUCUUGGACUGAAAACCACCCAUGUGAAGAGAAGAUGUGCUUGUCUUGAGCAUGGUCGCCAUUGGAGCCAGUCAGCUUUUUGCACCAGGAACCAAGAAGAAGAAACCGGGAUGAAAACUUAACUUAAAACUGAAGAUAACUUCAGGAACAGAUGAAAAGAAUCCUCAGUGAAGGAGGGAGCUGAGCUCCCUUGACAAGUUCCCACCACAGUGCAAAAAUGACUGUUCCAUCUCAACUGGUGACUCAACCAGCUGGACUGUAAGAAGUCUGAAUCUGAGGUACUUGGACAGUACUCUACUACAGAGCUUCACAAAGCUAGCAUGAGACUCCAUAGUUGCACAUAAACACAUCAUAUAUGUUUAUGUUCAUUUUUAUGCAACUUAUUUACAUGUAUUGCUGCUGACUGUGUGACGUGUUUGUGAGUGCUGUAAGCAUGGAAAAAUAGGAAAAAACAUAAGAACCAUCCCACUGAUUGUGAUAACAUUUUAUGUUUUUGCAUUUGCUUUCCUUUAUGGAGAAACCAAGGGCAGUUUUCUUUUUUUACCUGCUAAGUAUACAAAUCCAUGUAAGACUAUAUCCCACAUUCCUAGAUAAUUAAAAAACACAGAUGAUCAUAUGUCUAAUAUUACAUGCUCCAUGUAUAGUAGAUGUGGCAUCACAACUGUUUCAUCCUUAAAUAUCAAGAAAAGAAUAGUUUGGAUUGUGGGAAGCCAAGUACAGUUUGAACCAGUAGGCCUAGUAUUAGACCGUUUACAAGAAUAGUUAUGUAAAUACCAUCUGGACAACACUCCCUUUGACUAAAUUAUCAUUACAGUUGGCGUUCUUAUUAUAAUUGACUGACAGUGGGAGCUUUUCACUCCCCAUUUUAAGGAAUGGAAUGGGAAGGCUCCUUUUGUGGACAGUGAAAGGGUGCAUACUUCUACUAACUCUUUAUAGUGACACUAAGGGGAACUGCUACCCUAAGGAGGCACAGGGGGCUGAUGUUUCAGAUGCCAUAUUAUUAUUAUUAUUACUAUAUUGUGCCUCAAACUGCAUCUGCCAAGCUUGCCACUCCCUCACAGACAAGCUGGAGCUAAUCUUCUCACAUUCCUCCGUGGUGGAAUGCCCCUGCUCAGAGAAAAAAAGGCUAUCUGAAGUCUGACCCUUGGAAUUGUUCAGAAUAGUUGGCAUUUAGACUACCAUCCUUGUUUUGGAUUUAUUUAUUUCCGUAAUGCUGUGGUAGCAGGUUCUAAUGCAAGUAUCUAAAUGGAAGGGUUAUUUACAUUCUGUGAUGCCGAAAAUGUAACAUUUGAUGAUUUAUCUAUGGUUCUCCUGUCUAGCAAAUGUGAUUAGCUUUGAUUUGUGAGAGGUUUGCUGAGAAUGUAACAUUUCUUUUGUCUGUCUGAUAUAUUUGUUCUCAACUAAGACUGCACUUGUAUUGGUUUUAGAUGGUAGAAUAAUGGUAUUAUCAGUUACCAUUUGUAAACAUCAGUCUUAUCUAUUUGGGUAAUAUGUAUCGUAUCAUGUUAAUUUAACCUUUUCUCACUCAUUACAUGCUAUGUUUAUAUUCCUAUUGCCUUCGAUACAAAGUAUUUGCUGGUCAAUGUUUUGUAACGAGUCAUGCUUUUUAAAUGCUUUUUUUUUUUCACUACUUGGACUGUUUACAGAAAGGGCUUUUUUGAAACAAGAGAAUUUAAUAUAUUUUGUGUAUUAUUUUACUUUUUGGUAUUUUGUGAUGUGAACAUAAUGCCAAAGAUUUGCAUUACAAUUUAAGUUAUAUAAUAAAAAUAUGAGCAUUACUAAGGUGAAAUGUAGAUACACAGUUUAAACUGGUUGACCCAUAUUUGGAUGUUGCUGUGAACUUCUAGAUUGGGAAUUUGUUUUUUUUUGUAUGUCAUUAACAUUUCAGUUAUUUGAA